GGGAACGACCAACGUCAUAAUUCUCAAGGUUUCAGUCGUGUACCCACCGCUCUUUCGCAGUAUCAGAGCCACAAUAGUCAUGUUAUAGUACAUAGCCGUGAAGUAAACACAAUUUUGCCCGGGACCCUGGCUUGCCAUGCGCCCAUGCAACGUCGGCGGCAUGCCAAUCAAGCAUUUCAGGAGUUCACUUCAUUUCUCUGCAGUUCUGCGUUCAUUAUAUAUCUAUGUCACAUACAAAUGAAUCAAGCUAUUUGAUUAAUCAACCAUUCUUUGCGUCGCUAUGAUUCUGAGACGACUGUGCUCGAGCGGCGGAUGCCUUCGUUCGCGAUAACCCCUGUCGACUAUAUGCAGCGACAGUGCCAACAAUGCAAUCUUGAAUGGAGUAAUGAAGCUGGCUGGCUCAUAUUUCAUAAUAACGAGCUCGCCGGUCAACAAGUCAACCGCGCGUUGACCGGGGCGUUUCCACUCUGCAAAUGGGCCCGGCAUAGUGCCCUGUGAUUGCUGGCUCAGGUCUCUGAGCCAGGCGCAAUGGCGUACAUUAGCUCAGGGUCCGCCGUGCGUGCGCCCGUUUUCACGGCUGGUGUCAAGGUUGCAGGUGGUGGCGCGCCGUGUGCCUGGCCUACGCCCCAAGGCCCACCGUGCUCGCGCCCUUUCCCGCGGCUGGUGUCAAGCCCACAGGGAUGGAUGGUGGAGCGAGCUAAGACAUAUGCUACGGUGUUGGCGCAUGGUGUCCAUGACGGUGCUGCUUAGUGCUCAAGUGGCUGCUAUGGAUUGUGGAGGCCAGACCAUGCCUAGUCACUUGUGUGAAUCAGCUUGGAGGUAGGCUUCCCAGCUGCAAGGGACUUCGUCCCUGUGGUCUUCUGUGGGGCAGGGCGGGACAAGUGCGGGGCAAGUGCGGGGCAUGGCGGGGCAAGUGCGGGGCAAGGCGGGGCAUGACCCCUGCGGUCUUGUAAUAGCUGUUGGAU